AACCAUGUCCAGACUGACUCAGCUGGAGAGACUGGACUUGGGAAGUAAUGAAUUCACAGAAGUGCCUGAAGUACUUGAACAACUGAGUGGGUUAAAGGAAUUUUGGAUGGAUGGUAAUAGACUAACACUUAUUCCAGGGUUCAUAGGCACUUUGAAACAACUGACCUACUUGGAUGUUUCUAAAAACAACAUUGAAGUAGUUGAAGAAGGUAUUUCAGGUUGCGAAAGCCUGCAAGACCUACUGCUAUCCAGCAACUCACUCCAGCAACUGCCAGAGACUAUUGGUUCCCUGAAGAAGGUGACAACCCUUAAAAUUGAUGAAAACCAGUUAAUUUAUUUGCCAGACUCCAUAGGAGGGUUAAUAUCAGUAGAAGAACUGGACUGCAGUUUCAAUGAGAUUGAAACUUUGCCUUCAUCUGUUGGGCAGCUCUGUAACAUCAGAACAUUUGCUGCAGAUCAUAACUUUCUGACACAGCUGCCAUCAGAGAUUGGAAACUGGAAGCAUGUAACAGUGUUGUUUCUGCAUUCUAAUAAGCUGGAAUUCCUCCCUGAAGAAAUGGGUGAUAUGCAGAAAUUAAAAGUCAUCAAUCUGAGUGACAAUAGACUGAAGAACUUGCCAUAUACCUUCACAAAACUGCAGCAGCUCACUGCUAUGUGGCUAUCAGACAAUCAGUCUAAACCACUUAUCCCUCUUCAAAAGGAAGCUGACCCUGACACACAGAAAACAGUGCUGACUAAUUACAUGUUCCCUCAGCAGCCAAGGACUGAGGAUGUUAUGUUCAUAUCUGAUAAUGAAAGUUUCAAUCCAUCCCUGUGGGAGGAGCAGAGGAAACAACGUGCUCAGGUGGCAUUUGAGUGUGAUGAAGACAAAGAUGAGAGAGAGGCACCACCUCGGGAAGGCAAUCUGAAGAGAUACCCAACUCCAUAUCCUGAUGAACUGAAGAAUAUGGUCAAGACAGUCCAGACAAUUGUUCAUAGACUAAAGGAUGAAGAAUCUACUGAAGACAUUGCCAAGGAGUCAAAACGAGAAGGCCAGACAGUCUCUGUGAAAGAUGUGGGGGUAAAGAAGCCUAGUGAACCGGAAGCUGAGCACAGCACUGCAAAUUCACAGAUGACUGCACUUGUUAAAACCUUGCAGAACAUGAAAACAAUUGUCAACCAUGAAGACAUGCUUGAGGAGUCAGAAGAACUCUCCUCUGAUGAAGAGAUGAAGAUGGCAGAAAUGCGUCCACCCCUGAUAGAAACCUCCAUAAACCAGCCCAAAGUGGUAGCUCUUAGCAAUAACAAAAAAGAUGAUUCAAAGGACACUGAUUCCCUGUCAGAUGAAGCAACCCACAAUAGCAAUCAGAAUAACAGCAACUGCUCCUCUCCUUCUCGAAUGUCUGAUUCCGUUUCCCUAAACACUGACAGUAGCCAAGAUAUUUCUCUCUGUUCUCCUGAUAAAGAAACACACGCUGCUGUUUUAUCCAAGAUCAGGCGAGAAGAUGAAAACCUGAAUAACCUUUUGCAAAAUGGAGGAGAAUUGAACAUUACAGUGGAAGAAAAACUGAAUGUGCAGGAAAAUGUUACAAAUUUGUCUGAAUAUGAAUUAAGCAUUGAGGAAAGAUUAGGCCUGAUAGGAAAAGGUGUUGAUCUAAGCACUCCCAUGGAGGAGUCUCACAAGUUAGACCAAAUAAACAUGAAUAUCAAUAAGCUGGUUAGUGAAGAGGCAGUGCCAGUCCCUGUGGAAAGGUUAGAAACACAGAAAAUGGUUUCAGUAAUGGGCCUGUUGAAUAACAACACAAAAGAAGAGAGUAAGCACUUGGAGAAUGGAAAUAAAUAUCCUAUAAAUAAAGUAAAUGGACAUCCUGAGGAAACAGUGGCGUCCCCCAGCAAAGACAAACUAGGGAAAAGCACUACAGUUGAUGGUGAGUCUGCUGAACUGUCUGUCUCAAGGAGCACUGAAGACUUGUCCCCACAGAGAAGUGGUCCUGUCAUGAAGUCUCACAGCAUCACCAGUAUGGACAGUGGUGGCCUGAAGAUCUAUGACAUUGUCAGUGAGAAUGGAUCUCAACAGCCAAGCUCGGUGAUGAAAUCAGCAUCAGAUGCUGCAGAUGGAAAAAACAUAGUCCGAAGCAAAUCUGCUACUCUACUGUACGAUCAGCCCUUGCAGGUGUUUCCUGGGUCGUCGUCAUCAUCUGAUUUGGUGUCUUCGGCAAAAACCGUGUUCAAGUUCGACUCGAAUCACAACCCUGAAGGUGCUAACGUGGUGAGGGGAUCAGGAGCAGGCGGUGCUCAGGGGCUCUGCGCGCCGCAGUACAACAUCCAGUACAGCAGCAGUGCUGCAGCUAAAGAUGCCUUGUGGCCCCAGAAGCAAAGCACCCAGGGAGAACCAGGCACCUUACCUCCUGCGCGUCUGCUUCGCUCUGACAGCACGGAGACCCCCACCUAUGUCAAGCACUCUGCCAACAUGAACUUCUCCAACCACAACAACGUCCGAGCCAGCGCCGCGUACGGCACGCACCAGCGGAUGGCUGGGAGACACGUGGACAUGUGGGCUGUUCCACCCGGUGACAGGCUGCUCCCAGGAAUGGCCAGGCACACUCUGCAGAGGCAGAGCAGUGUGUCUUCCACAGCCUCAGUAAAUGUUGGGGAUAGUGGGCCUGCAAGGCGGGCCCAGGUUCCUGAAGGGGAUUAUUUAACGUACAGAGAUUUGCAUUCGAUGGGAAGAGCUCCACCAGUGAUGUCAGGGCAGCAGAGACCUCUCUCUGCCAGGACAUACAGCAUCGAUGGCCCCAACAUGCCGCGACCGCAGAGCGCUCGGCCCUCGGUGAACGAGAUCCCAGAGAGAACUAUGUCAGUUAGUGACUUCAAUUACUCACGGACUAGUCCUUCCAAGAGAUCAUGGAGGGAACAGGUGCUGCGACAUAUUGAGGCUAAAAAGCUAGAAAAGAGCAUGCUGUCUCGGUCCUUUAAUUCCAAUUAUGCUGCAGUUAGCAGCUUUCACUAUGGCAGCUCUAGGGAUCUGCAUGGCAGCCAGGGUAGUGUUGCCUUGAGUGUGGCAGACGGAAGAGGUUCUGGUGUGCACAUUGUUCGACAUCCCCAGGCUGCUACUCCAGGAGACCAAUGCCAGGAUGAAGUAUUCCUUUCAGGACAGCAGAGUUACUCAUCUGCCACACUCAGCCUCAAAGAUGUUCCUCCAGACAGCAUGAAGAAAAUGGCUAUACCUUUGACAAAUGGACAAAUGUGCCAACCUCAGAGACUUCAGGCAAACUACAGCCAAGUCCAUCAUCUCCCUCCUCAGUCCUCAGUAGCAAGACAUCCAUCUAGAGAGCAGUUAAUUGAUUAUCUGAUGUUGAAAGUUGCCCACCAACCUCCCUACCCCCAGUCCCAGUGUUCUCCCAGACAAAGCCAUGAGCUGGCAAAGCAAGAGAUUCGAGUGAGAAUUGACAAGGAUCCAGAACUUGGAUUUAGUAUAUCAGGAGGAGUUGGUGGUAGAGGGAAUCCAUUCAGACCAGAGGAUGAUGGUAUAUUUGUAACCAGAGUGCAGCCAGAUGGACCAGCAUCUAAGCUGUUGCAGCCCGGGGAUAAAAUAAUUCAGGCUAAUGGAUACAGCUUCAUCAAUAUUGAUCACGGACAAGCAGUAUCUUUGCUAAAGACUUUUCAGAACGCAGUGGAGCUCAUCAUUGUGCGAGAAGUUUCUUCAUAAGUUCCUUGGAUCGUGGGGAUAAACCAACAAGAUUCAUCGAAGGACUGUGGGGAAACUGAAUAUUUUGCAUAUUUUUAUACGUUAGAAGAACUCGAAAAAGAAUUAUGAUCAAAAUUUGUACAGGAAAUACUGAACUUGUGGUUAAAGGGGGAAAAAAACCACUGUAUAGAUCGUACAGGAAAUAAUUUUGGAAGCACGUAUGGUGAAUAAACUCGUUUUUAAGCAUUAUAGCAAUCUAAGGAUCACUCCUCCAAGAACAAACCUGUGUUGUUUUUUUGUACAGAUGGUAGGUUUAUUUUUGGAUAAUUCAUACACAUUACUAAACUUUGUGCAGGGCUUCGAGGAGCCUCAGUUGUAGCCCGCGGGCAGAUGGCAGGGCUGUCUGUCCUGUAGCUGUUUUAUUGCCUUUAUUUUUAUUCACCAGAUAUUAAUGUGUUACGCUGAACCACUCGUGUAGAUACGAACAGGGGAUAUUGAAACGUUGGCUUUGCUAUGUGCACAUUGUAUAGAUGAAUGGGUAGAUGGAAGGUGGUGCUGGUUGGGCAGCAUAGAGGUCAGGUGAGACAAUUAUCUGCUAUCUAAGUCUGGAUUCGGGAAGGAGGGAGAAGUGUUUAGUCCUGGAGUUGUACGUCUACCAUUAG